AUCCGCUCUCUCAACCUGUGUAGGGUUUCUGGUACAUUUCGCUCCUAAAACCCUUAAUCUCUCUCACCCUUUCGUCCACCCCCUGAAUCUGAGAUACAAUUACAGAUUUUUGCGAGUACACUGGUUGUUGAUCAACUCUUUCCUGAUCCAAUGCACGUGGCUAGAGGAGGUUGGCUUGGGCAAACAUUUGCUUUAGCAAAGUUCGAUGAUUCUUUUGAAGGGAAGAAAUCAGGAAUUCGGCGAUCAAAAGAGGAAAGGAAGGGGAUGGUGGAGACUUUUAUUAGAAGAUAUCAGAAAUUAAACGAUGGAGAUUUCCCAUCUCUCAAUCUCACACGCAAGGAGGUCGGUGGGUCCUUUUACACGGUGCGUGAAAUAGUCCGGGAGAUAAUUCAAGAGAAUCGAGUGCUGGGCCCACCCAAGUCACCUCCAGGAGACAAGAAUAUGAAGAACCUGGAUAGCUUCUUGGAACACCACCCAUUGGGUUCCAUGUCUGUUGAUCACCAUGUACAUGUACCUCUAGCAGACGCUCAAACUCUACUGAGGUAUGAGUCUAAAAGUGAACAAAUUCUGAAUACAAGUAGCAUUCCUGAACUUCAUCAAGGAAAUCUUGACAGUGACAACCUCGUUGACGGGAGCACGAAUAAAACACAGAGGAAUGAAGAAGCUAACGAUCCAGGAUUUACAGAGUUGCUAGCGGAAAGAGGGGAGGAAGAACAUAAAAGUGAUGAAGAAGUAAUAUAUGUUGAAACAAGUCAGAUAUCAGGAGGUCAUAUUGUAGAUACAACUCAUGCAGCUGUGACAAAUGACAAUGGUGAAGAACAGACACAUAUAGAAUCUCUGGAGAGAAGAGGUAACAAGGUGCAGAAAAAUGGAGGAAAAGAGCUAGAAUAUAGCAUGAGUUGGAGAUCAGAGGUUGUGAUAGAAACAACUCAUGGAACAGCGAAUAAUGAACCAGUAGAAAAAAUGAAGAAUACAGAAUUACUAGUGGAAGGAAGCAUGGGGGAACAUGUUGAUGAAGUAAAUGAAUUAGUAGCAAAUCAAACUCAAAAACAUCUACUAUUAGAAGACGUAGAAGUAGGGACUUCUUCUUUAGAACCUGUGACUAGCACAAUCCAAAACUUGGAUAAAAAAUUAAGUGAGAGAGAAGUACUGGAUGAUGGUUUGGAAGAAAAGGAUACCGAGAAUAGGAAACUGGCAACUGAAAAAAACGAACACCUUGUUAGCAAUGAAAUGCACUCACCAUUGGCAAGUCAGAAGGCUCAAAACAUUCUGUCAACUAAAGAAAAUGGUGUGCUUCAUGUUAAUGACCACACAGACAUUAAACUUGAAGGGACUUCGCCUGCUGAAGAAAAAACCAUAAACGAUGCCAACACUCAGAAUCUCCACAGUAAAACUUCAUCCGUUUCCGUACAACAGUCGAUACUUGAUGAAAGAAGUUCAAAUUUGAAGAAAUCUAGUGACCAGCCUGGUGGCAAUCCCCAAAAGAGAACCAAUGCAACCUUGAACAGAAUUAAUCUCAGUCAGUCAUGGGAAGCGGCAUCAAAGAAAUCGAAUGGCCGAGAAACUCACCGACUUGUGACAUUCAUCAAGGCUUUCAUUACCGCAUUCGUGAAGUUUUGGUCUUGACUAUUCUUGGUUAAAAGUUUGGGUGUUGUGUUGGGGUGAUACUAGAUGUACCAAAAGUGCUUAAUGUCAACAAAAUUACUAGUUUGAAUUGCAUGUGUGUAUUGUUGGAAUAUAAUUUCUAUUUGGUGUCCUUGGACCAUUUAUGUAAAGUUUUAUAAA